AAUCAGUGAACUACACUAUCAGCGGCCUUUGGGGCCUUGCUAAGUGGACCAGAAGAGAUAAAAUGUAUGCUGAUCUCGCAUCUCUCUAGAAUGAAGCGUUAAAGGGAUGAUGAAUAAUGACGGACAAAUUCACCAAUUAUGUUUCUUCGGCGUUUAAGCGGGCAUCCUAGAAAAUGCACAAACCAGGGUCCCAUGCAUGGCAAGGUCCUGAAAGUUCGUUCGCCUUCAUCUUGCCCAGUUUUGUGCACCAGCCCUACCGAGCCACGCGGAAUGGAUGCCUGCAAAUGGACCCCGACGGGGUGAUUGGGGCGUUAUUAAUCAAUAUCAACAAAGUGGAAACGAGCAGUUUCUGGGCAGCGAGACGAGAAACCGAUCCUCAUGAUCCCUCCCAUACGUUGGACGUUACCCACUCAACCUGCGGCCAGAUCCAUCAACAUCGCGAGGUGACGGCCAGACAUCUUCAGAUCGCACCAAAACUGCAUAGGUGGAUGGACUCUUGGCUUCCGCUGCUCCUUUUGGGCCCAGACUGUGAGUUGUCGCAAAAAGAGAUAAAGGCCUCCAUCUUUUUUCCCUUUGGCGAACAAUCUCACUUAUUUAAAACUGGACCAGCCAGAUUCUCAAUAUCAUGCAUUGCCUUUUACCCUUUGUUUUUAUCCCUCCGUUUCUCGAGUCAAACUGCUCCGUAAGGAGCAUGGGAACGAAAUCCUAUACGAAAAGAGGGGGUCGUAUCCAAAGAUGAACAAAAUUCGAUAGGCUAAUUUCGCUACAAUCACUGAAUGAAUAAGAUAUACAAUUCCAUCUAAUUCAAUAUAUUUGGCAACAUGGGGAGGAGCAGAUAAUGCGAGGCCACUUUUGAUGCCCAUUGAGCUCGCGGGGGAGUUGUUCGGUAUCGCUGGACUGUCUUGCAUUGAGCGUGGGUGUGGAUAUUUCCCAGCGAGCCCGGGGCGAGGUAACAGGAAAGCGGUAAACCGUGCUCCAAGGAAGAUUUUGAAGGCAUUUGGGUCACUUCUAGAUAAUCCUAAUAAUACACGUGUUCCCGUCGCGCCUAGAGGUUCCGGCCUGCAAUUGCGGACGAAUCGAAUUGUGGAGCGUACAGUGCUCAUAUCGCAUCACUAUUUCGAGAGCGGAUGACGUUCAUGCGCAGGGGAUAGAACAUGACUGGUAAGAUUUUAGGCUCAAGCCAUGAUCGCUCUUACAUCCCAAACACAGAGUCUUUCAUCCCACCCACAACUUGCGCACCAGCCUUCACUUCCAAAGAGACACCAAUCUACGCCAGUAGCAAACUCCGUAUGGCGCCCCAUGCGCCCCAGUUCUCUGCCCAUUCCUGAUCCAGCGCUCAGUCCACCGGGCAUGAAGCCUGCUUCACCACCCGGCGUUCCGGUAUCGGAUCCGUCGCUCCAAACACGACAGGUCAUGUCGUAACUAGCGCUUAAAAGAACGUGUGAAAGGUGCGGUGACCAGGUAAUUUUUCGGACGGCAUACUCAUGUCCAAUCAUUGCGGAUAGCGGGCCCUGUUGCGGAGCACGGAUGUCAAAUGUACGGAUCGUUCGGUCGACACCAGCUGUGGCAAGGACUGAGGGUCGAUAUUUGUUCCAGUCAUGCGUCAGGGCCUCUGAUGGAGGACAUGAGGCAGGUGCGGGUGGAAAUCCCGGUUUCGUAGGUACCGAGGCUCCUCCAUGAAUCGGGAUUUGUACUGUAAGAUGGUUGUUUGCAGAGGAGGGUGUACGCAAAUCGAAGACGCGAACAUGGGAGUCUGAAGAGACGCAGGAUAAGAUAUCUGGGGAGUGUGGGGAAAAGGCGACGGAAUAGGUGCAGCUAUGCGUCGGAAGAGUUAAGAGUGACUGAGGUCUAGAGGGUGACCAAAUUUUAACGGUUCCGUCCCAACUGCUGGAGCAGAAUCGGUCCUUUGCUACUAAAUUCCAAUGAACGGAGAAAACUUCGCGAGAAUGUUCCUUCCAUCCUUGGACAGGAAACUCAUCCACCGUAGCAUCGAAGAGCUUAAUACUCCCAUCCCCAGAGCCCACGAGGGCUUGGUUCUCAUGGAUUUCGGACCAGGCAAUAUCAUAGAGAGAAUCUUGCGUUGUGAAACUGGAUUUAAAUAGAGCUGUUAGAAUUACGUAAAUCGCGCCAGAUAGUUUCAAAAAAUAUUGAUAAAGUAUAUAUAUCCAGGGGUAUUGACGCAAAUGCAUUUAAAGACCUCACUACAU